AUUCAGCUCAUUCGACUAUGUUUUCAUUCUUAUAAGUUUAGUUUCGUGCUAUGUUAGAUGUGGAGAACAUUGGUUAAACUGCUAAAAGUGAAGUAAUCAAGUAUUGAUUUCUAGUACAAAAAUAAAUUCUUCAUUUCAAUGAAGAGCUUUUUCAGUUAUUCUUUAGACUAGCUCAUCUAGACUUGUCAAAUUCUAGUCGUAACCGAGACAAUGUUGCUAAGGCAAUUCAUAUCAUCUAGUAACGCUAUCGAGGAAAUCUAUAUCGUUAAACAGGAAGAAGAGAGCGACAAUGAGGAGCACCCGUCCGUAGAAAAAUUACUUCCCGAAACGGGAAUCGUGUCGACAUCAAUGACUAUAUUUGCAGAAAACAAGCAGCCAAAUGUGGUAGAAAUCAAAAGUGAACCUGAAGAUGAUAAAAGCGAUGACGAAAGCCUGCUGAAACAACCUUUCGUAAAUUCAACAUUCGUAAGCGAAUUGAAUCCUGAUGUAGAUGAUACCAAACAGUUGUUAGUAAAAAGCGAAGAUGAAGAUGAUAUCCCAUUAGCAAUUCGCAUGAGAAGAAGAAAACAAAUUGCUAAGUACGCUGAAAAAAAUAAAAAUAAUAUUGUUAAAGCGAAUGAUUCCGAUUCUGAUGAUUCUGGGAGUCGUGUUGACGAUUAUGUCGGUAGUGACUCUGAAAAGAGACCACAGAAGGAUCCGGAUUGCAACAUUUGUAUCGUAAAAUUUUCAACUAGACACGAGUUGAAACGUCACCUGCGAAAAAGACAUUCUGAUAUGCUUCCUUUUCGUUGUAAUAAAUGUGCAUCAAGAGAACUGAAAAGCUUUUGUUCUUUAAACAAACACUUUGAAAUGCAUGAUCCAGCCAAGCCGUACAAGUGCUGCUACUGUGAAGCACGGUUCACUUCUAAAAUUCAUCGUACAGCCCAUCAGAGACGCUUCCAUAAGGAUGACUUGGAGAACGACACAAUUCGGAAUGCGAAUCGUCGUUUUGUCUGUCGUUAUUGUAGUAAGCGGUUUGCUGCUAAAUUCAAUUUAGAACGUCACGAACGGAAUCACGAAAUGAAAAUUACAGACGAUGAAUCCUUCUUAAACAGACGCAAUAAGUGCUUCCUAUGCGAUUUGAAACCGUGUGAGACCAAAGAGGCACUUAAUGACCAUCUAACGAUUCACGUCGAUAAACUACCAUAUUCGUGCCAACGGUGUGAGAACGUUUCGGCUAUCACAUCGAUUCGUUUGUUGAACAAGCAUUUGGCAUCACACGAAGAACCCGAGAAGCCAAUAAAAUGCAUCUAUUGCAACGAUAGAUUUCUUUCCAUUGGUGCUUGCCAGGCCCAUGAAAGAACGCAUACCCAGGAAAAACAAGCCGAUGAAGCCGCUGUUGCAAACAUGGAAAGCAAAAGAAUUUCCACCAAAAUUAUCAUCGUGAAUGGCAUGAAACGGUAUGAGUGUGCUUAUUGUGGCAAUUCAUAUUCUUUGCUGAGCACUCUACGAAGACAUGAAAAUAUUCAUACUGGAAAAAUUCAAUAUGUUUGUAAAGUUUGCGGCAAAAUUUUCAAUAAAUCAUCCUGUUUGCUGCAACACGAAAAAACACAUUUGCAAAAUGCACCGUACAAAUGUGAGAUCUGUGGGAGAGGAUUCAAGGAAACAAUAAGACUUAUAGAGCACCGUCGAAUUCAUAGCGGGGAACGGCCUUUCACUUGCGAGAUAUGCUUCAAAAGUUUCCGUAUAAAACCACUGUUGAGAGAACAUAGUCUUCAGUGUACGCCUCCAGAUACCAGCAUAGAAUGCAAAUGUCGUUUUUGUGAAAGCGUAUUAAGUUGCUUUCGGGACUUGCAGGAUCAUGUUCUAGGCUCCCAUCCACUCGUAAUAGAGGAAACUCGUUGUACAUAUUGUGAUAUGUCUUUUAAAAGCGCCAUAAAUUUAGUAGACCAUGAAUAUUAUCACCGUAAUCCGAACUCAAUCAAAUGCGAUGUGUGCGGUAGAAUUUUCAAACAACAUUCAAAUCUACGUCGUCAUCAGCGACUACAUAGCAAUGAUGCCGUUCCAUAUCAAUGCGAUCUUUGUGGUAAAAGUUUCUCUCAAAGUGGAGCGCUGAAAGUUCACAAACGAAUUCAUUCAGGGGAGAAACCGUAUACAUGUGAACUAUGCGACAAAACAUUCUACCACAGCUCGACCAUGAACAGACACAAGAGAUCCCAUUACAAAAGCAAGAGCAGGUUGUUUUUAUUUGGUGAGCAAAAUCGUCUAUCUGAGAAUAUGCAACCUGAAAGCAUAUCUUCGAAUGCCAUUGUCCCUAUCAAUUUUGUGCAUUCUCAAAAUAUUCCCAAUCAAAAUCAACAGUUGAUAGAUGGAAAUGCGAUGCUGUCUCUUGAAUCGGUAACCCUUCCCGUUUCGGUGGAGCCUCACAUUUUUCUCGGAUCUCAAGUGCCUAAUAACUUACCAGAGCAGCAACUAUCACUGGGCAGUUUCGAAAUCAACACCGGAAACACUUCUGGGGGUGAAACAGCAUCUACUUUGGGGGAAGGAACACCGCUUUUCGUUCUGGAUACGAAGCUGUUAAUACCUCAAACGAUUGUGCAACAUCAGGAAGAACGUAUUGAAACCGACAUGUAACAAAAAUUGCAGUUGUACUCAGGGAAAAGUUAAUGUGAACCGAAGAUAUACUAUUUUGGUAUUAAAUUAA